AUGGCUGCCUCAAAUGGAUUCAUGCAUAACUUAUCUAUGGCUGCCUGCGAAUGGUUCUUAAUGUUUCUAAUGUUUAUGGAUGCUGCGUUGGGUUUUAUCCUCACAAAGUUCGCUCAUCAUUGUGAACUACAAACGCCUUGCCUGUUUUGCAUGAGGCUUGACCAUGUUUUCAGUAACGAAAACCCUGGAUCCUAUCUAAGCUUGUUCUGCUAUCAUCAUCGAGCAGAGAUUUCAUGUUUGAUAUCUUGUGACCUUCAUGAGAAGCUUGUGGAUGUCCGUGAACUAUGUGAUGAUUGUUUCAUGUCAAUAAUGAACCGAAACCAGUGUAACCAUGGAUCUUCCAAGGGUAAAAUGGGAAUCAAAGGGUUUCAAAAGCCGUUUCUGAACCGGAACCUUGUUCGUGGGCCUUCAAAUUCAGGAACAUGUUCAUGUUGUAAAAGACAUUGGAAUGGAAAACCAAGUUCCAGAAGAUUAAUCCAACCAGGUCCAGCUCCAUUGGAUGGUGGUCCCACAGUCACCAUGAAACCACCAUUGCCAAGGAUUGCAGGCCACAGCCGCUAUCGUCGCCGGAAUGUUUUCAAGAGGGAUGGUGAUAGAAUUUCAGGAGCUUCCACUCCUUGCCAUGUUGAAGAUACUCUCAGUGUGGACACUGAUCUGGACUUGGAUGCUUUAUCUGAUUUCGGUUGUGCUGAUUAUAGGUUGAAUUCCGAUUCCGACUCUGAGUUUUCAUUUUAUGAAGAGGAUGACACUUCGAAACCUGAAGUUCUUGAAAGAAAACCAGAUUCCAGAGACGAUUCUUCUGUUAGAAAAGGGGAUUCCAGGGAUGAAUGUUUUGUCAAAAAAGGGGAUUCCAGGGAUGAUGUCUCUGUUAGAAAAGGUGAUUCCAUUUCCGGGGAUGAAUCUAGUGUUAGAAAAGGGGAUUCCGUGGUUCGAACGAAACCUUCAUCUUUGAGAUCUGAUGUUUCACUUGAAGAAAACAAGUGUAGGGCUAUUUCUAUAACAUCAAGGGGACAAGAUGUGGAUACUGAUGAUGUGAAAGAAAACGGUUCUAUUCAUGACAAAUCAUUAAAAUCGGAUAAAGUUGUUGAUCAUGAGUCAGAUGGAUAUGAAUCUCCGGAUGCAAGCAAUGUUAGUGAAUAUAAGGGUGAAGGUGUUGUGGAAAAGCUAAAACGACAGGUGGAGGGUGACCAACAACGGUUGCAUUUAUUACAUAAGGAACUAGAGGAAGAAAGAAAUGCUGCAGCCAUAGCAGCAGAUGAGGCCAUGGCCAUGAUCACAAGGUUGCAGGAAGAGAAAUCAUCUUUGCAUAUGGAGGCUUUGCAGUAUCUGAGAAUGAUGGAUGAACAAGCAGAGUAUGAUAUGGAAGCUCUAGACAAGGCUAAUGAUCUGAUUGCUGAUAAAGAUAAAGAAAUUCAAGAUUUGGAAGCUGAGUUGGAGUAUUUCAGAAGCCGAUAUGAAGAUGAGUUAAUGGUGAACAACAACACCCAAACCCAAAAUCAUAUAAAAAAUGGGAACUCAAAGUCUCCUGCUUUAGGGCUUGAAGAUGAGAAAAAAUACAUUUUACAGAGUUUAUCGGAGUUAGAGAAAAAGUUUAUGUCGAAUGGUAAUGUAGAAAGGGUAAAAAAGGAAGAUGAAAACGGGAGACAUAUGUCGAAUGGAUUUGACGUUAGUACCCUUGAGGCUGAAAUUUUGGAACUUAAUGACAGGUUGAAAGCACUUGAGGCUGAUAACAGUUUUAUUGAGCAUGCGUGUAAUACCCUUACCCUUCAAAAAGAAGAUGCCAAUUUGUUGCUUCAAGAUGUCAAUCCUUCAACAAGAUCAAGAUGCAUGUGGAAACGCUUAAUUUGUCAAGAAUCAACACAAAAGAAGUGGAGAUUCAUGAAUUUUGCAUCAAGAAAAAGUUGGAACCAAGUUAUGAAAGCCUUUAUCUUGUUUAGUGUUCCAUUCAGCUGGUACAACUCAUAUUGCACAAGGUACGAUUUCUACCUCAUCACUUCUUCAAAGCCUUUACCUCUAUUUAUACCUCGUAUUCGAGUUCAUGUCUUCACUACUCAUCUAACAAUGUCGGAUUGCGAAGGAAAGAGUUCAUGGCCGGAGCUGGUGGGGGCGACCGGAGACGCUGCGGCGAAGAAGAUUGAGAAAGAGAAUCCACGUGUCGAUGCGAUUGUGUUACUUGACGGAACUCCGACGACUAGGGAUUUCCGGUGCGACCGUGUGUGGGUGUGGGUGAACUCUAGUGGGGUCGUCAUUCGAACUCCUAAAAUUGGCUAAGUUCGCCGGUGCCCCCUACACUAUUCAUAAUUAAUAAAACUCGUCCCUCUUAUGUAAAAUUUAUGGCUUUGUUACUAUUUAAGAGCUACGUUGAUGUUUUGAGGGAAAAAUAAGGUGAAUUGUACGAAUGCAUUAAAUAAAAUAUCCAACAUAUGUGUUUAAUAUAUCGACUUUUGAAUUACUUUCGUUUA